GUUCUGGUAGCGUGGACCGAGGGCAAUAGACGAACACUGCCCCCAGUGGUUGCCAUGGCGCGUGGCCUACUGGAUCGUGAGACGGACUGCAACCGGUCCAUAGCAAUAGCUGAAACCAAGCUGAGCGAGAUGUGCCAGGAGCUGUGCGACAAAGUGACCGAACACUUGUCCAGAGCAACCGGGCAACUCAUUCAGAAGGUGGAUGACCGGCUCCACCGCAAGGGGAGUGAUGUUCAAUGCAAGCUGGCUGAGCUGGACCUUGCUGACAGCGUCACUGUGGAGGAUGUGCAGCGAGUGAAAUCAAGGGCUUGGAGCGACUCGCCCGUACGCUAUGCCUCCGAAGGGUUCAAGCCGCAGUGGUCGGAUCGCAUGAUUCGCUCUGCAAGCCCCAAAAAGCUCCUGCGAGUCAUCGAUGCGGACUGGGCCACCGACUCGGAGGACCAUCCAGGCAGCCCGUGGUCAACGCGCGUCGUCCCAGCAGGCGAAGGAAUGAGCGACGCAAGCGAAGUGAGUGACGUCAGCUAUGCGCCCACCGAUGCUGUCAAGAAUGGAACGGAAGGCCCUCCCAAGGCUCCAUCUGUAGACAAUCCCAAGGCGCCCAACAUUGGUGCAACAUGGUCGACAAAGAAGUCAAAGACAGGCGGAGGAAGCAGUCGAAUAGCACGCAGAGCACGGGAGCAGAGUCUGGUCCUGGGUGUUAUGCAGUCAUGUCCGCGCUCGUGACAGCAGGAUGUGACGCAGCAUCCAGCGAUGAGUCUGCGCGCGGAAUGUUGCAGUCACAUCCGUGCUCGCCACGGCACUAACUGGCUUGCAGGCUGAUAAUCAGGAAUGUCACAGCGACAUCCAGGCGCAGAGUCUGGACGGAUGUUGCAGUCAUGUCUGUGCUUGUGUCGUGACGGCGCUAAGGAUUGCAGGC